UGUGCCAGAUGAAAUGGUGUCAUCUGUCAUGCGCACGCGCAAAGAGACUGUCGCUUCUAUCGGAAAUUCCGAUAAAAAAUGACAAAUACUGUAUCGCUGAAAUACUACUUACUCUCAUAAUUAGUGGCAUUUAUAAAAGUAUAUACUUAGUUCAUAAAUAUUACAGAGAUAAGGGAUAGUGUAAAUAAUCAUAAAUACAUGCAUUGAGCGUGUUAUCAAGUGAGUUUUAAAUUGUGCAGUGGUUUAUGUCUACCAUUGUUUGCACACUUUGUGACUGAACGUGUUAUUUCCAAGAUGGAGAAUGAUCCUCUAGUAUUCUUACCGAUGGAGAAAUGGCACUCCUUAGAAGAAGAAUUCAAAAGCGACUGGCCGCGAAGUAUAUCAGGAUACUGCGCUUUGAAAACCCAGAAGGAAUGGGAGGCCAAUGGAUUUGGGUAUGGAUUUAAAGUUUAUUGUCCUUUUGGAGACGUCCGGAAUGGGAUGGCUGCACUCAAUAUAAAGGACUCAUUCUACGAGGUAUUCAUCCAAUGUCCUCAAGAUGAUACGAGUAAAUUGGAAGAAGCUCUCAAGAAUACUAAACUUGUGAACUGGGCAUAUCAGCGGCUAUUUGUGCCCGUUGCUCCUCCGCACAUCUUCGAUAUGCUGCAGAGACUCGCUAAUCAUUUCGGAAAGAAGUUCACUCCUAUAUACACCGAUAGAUUUAUAUUGGAUGACGAAAAGCCUCCGUUUGAAGUCAGCCUUCCUCCUGGCACGGAGUUCAAACGGCUUUCUCCAGAACAUGCAGAACUGGUGGAAUCAAAGUGGCCUCACCGCUAUGCUGGAGCAGUAGAUUACGUCCUAAUGAUGAUCCGAGCUAACUCCGCUUAUGGACUCUUCUUGAAAGACCAACUAGUAUCUUGGAUGCUCAUAACCGAAGUCGGUAACUUCAACAAUCUUUACACACUAGAAGACCACAGAGGAAAGGGAUACGCAGAGAUAGUCGUUAAGUUAGUCAGUAAUGAGAUGAAAAGGGACAACAAACAUGCUUUCGGUUUCGUCGUCAAAGGAAAUGUGAAUUCCUUCAAUUUAUUCACUAAACUUGGUUUUACGAAGGAAGGUUACGUCAACUGGUGUUUUUUGGACACGGAAGACAGAUAAAAUAAAAUAAAAAAAAUAUUUGCAUUAACAAUAGCGUACAUUUAGGACUAGUAGCUGGAGUUUCCUAUUAAGCAUAGUAAUGCCUGUGCCAGAAAACUCCGCUCUUUCAUAGCAGAGGUUAUACAAUUAAAAUAAACAAAAAUACACUAAGUAGGUGUAACAAAUAAUUGUUAUUGUUAGUAGAGAGACAGCAUGUACGAUGUUUAUUUCCUUUUGGUGGUUGCCUUGAAGAAAUUGCUCUAGAGCAAUAAGGCCGCCCAAAUUGUACUGUAUUCAUGUGUUAAUGUCCGAUUGUUUAAAUGUAGUUCUGUGCAAUAAAGUUUAUUUGAUUUGAUUUGAUGACAGUUAACAUGUUAAUAUUAUGAUGAAUAUUGUGAAAUCUAUUGCUAAGUAAUGAAAAAAUAAGUAGUGUAGUAGGUUCAGUAUAGUGGUUGAAACAGUGUGGCAAGAAAAUGCUAUAAGGCUCUAUAGUCAUCGGCGGCGCUGUGGGAACCCAUACUCACAAGUGCUGCAAGAAUCAUCAACGAUAGAUGCGGUGGCCAAUGAUGAUGAUGAUUGCUAAGUAAUAAUAAAAUAAUAAAAAAUAAAAAUAAAAAGAGUUUAUUUCGGACAUGUUCCAUAGUGGUUAGUAACAAGCAAUAAACAACUUAAUCUAGUGUUAGUAAUAGAACGAUAAAAAUAAAAUAACAUUUACACACGACACGGCUCGACAAUUAUAAACAACAAGAAAACGUACACAUUACUAAUAAGCAGGUUCCCACCGCCUGGUCACCGGUAUCUGCAAGUCCACUUCAGUAUGUAAGCGCAUCCAGUGGCCCAGCAGUAGGGAGUCCCACCUAUCAGUCAACACGCUCAGAAUGCCGUUUGAGCUGGAACGUAAGCGCCUCAAUAGCGAUGCACACCUCUUCCUAAUAAUUGCAAAGAAACAAUCUGUAUUGUGAUCGGCAAACAUUUUUGACUACUAUGAUUAUGGUAAUACUAUGAUGAGAACCCUAAACGUAUUUAUACAAAACAAUGAUAUGAUAAGCGGUCAAACGUCGUACUCAUUGUUACAUAUAUCAUACAUUUAAUUAAAAAAUAAGUCGAAAAUUAAUUAAGAUUGAUUUUUGGUUAUUUUAUACUGGCUUCUAUUUAUAGAUUUAUUAUCACUAAUUUAAGAGCCACGCUCUUGUCAGUGUAGCAUUGUCCAUGCUACUUUUUUAGGGAGAAAUAGAACACUGGUUUUCCUCUUGCCUUCCGCCCCGCAGUACUCUGUCUGACGCGAGUGGGAUGGCGCCCAGAGUAGUCUAUUUCAAAGUCGUACUAAGACUUGUCCUCCGUCUCUGAAUAGUACUGACAGUUACUGCUGCCCUCUGUCAUGUAACAAGGUUCCCGGUAACAGUACCUGUGACUUGCCCCUUCCGUCCUGCAUUGCCGUACCGAUGGCUCCCAUCCCAUAAGCUAAUCUAUAAGCAUUUUAUAAUUUAUCUUAGACCCAGUCAAAUACCCAAUUCCGUGGUCUCUGCCUACCUUUUUUUAGACGUAUUGUAGAUUUUCCGCAGAUGGCAUUAACUACUUGGCCGGACAAAUGGGGAGCGCUGAAGGCUCUCACCCAGUACAACGUUUAAGACAACAGGCCUAAGGGUGCCCAGUUGGGCGCGAACUUCGGCUCAGGGCGUCGUCUGAGAGGAAAAAUAUUUGAAAGAAUUAAUCAACCCUAGUGGGUCGAUAGCGAUAAGCGCUGAAUGAGGGAAAUCGUCGACCACGCCGGCGGGGUCGGUAUCGGGGUCCUGAAGUGUUUGGUGUCGCGAGCUGAUUGGCUGCCUCUAUGGCUAGAGUCUCUGCCUACCCUAAUGGGAAAUAAGAGUGAUAUUUUGUACACGUGAAUGUACCACGUCACAAGAAACUUUAAAAUAUGCUUUAAAACCACUUGUAAAUAUACAAACACGAGAUAAGUACGCCAGUGCUUGUAUAAAGAGUAAAUUUAAUCUUCAAUUGCUUAGUGACAAGACAAGCGUUACAAUUGUUGUCUCAUCAGAUCAAGUGACUUUAAACAAGCUCAAACAAUGCCUAAUAACCUUAAUAUAGGUACUUACAAUAGCCAAUCGGAAGGCAUUGCAUAUACAACGAAAACGUAUAUAUUUGAAACACACUUACGCCUUGUCUAUCCCAACUGGAAUUACGGGGGUAAGCUUUUGUAGACAAUGGUGCUAAUUCCUGUAAAUACCAUCUAAUUUUAUUUUAAGUUAUAUCUGUCAUUUUCUUAUCCGCCGAAAAGGAAAUGGACGCGUAAUCGACAAGCAUAAAAUUUAUGGAACACACGUCAAUUUUAAGCACAAAUCUAAAACAACCGUCUAAAAAUUUUACAUUGGCCACUAACCCGACAGAAUUAAGUUGACAGCACACGUCAAGCGGUUUGCAUACCAGCGAGAUACCUUUUUGAUUCGCCCGGGUUAUCUAUUCAUUUACUCAUUCUUCCUAAAAUUAAGAGCUGUCAAUCAUCCGUCCCUUUCCUUUUCGGCGGAUAAGAAAAUGACAGAUAUAACUUAAAAUAAAAUUAGGAGGUGUAUGCAGGAAUCGGGGAAACAAUGUCUGAGAUAUCUACGAUCUGCAACUGUGGUACGGUCUUCUUCUAUCAUGUGGGUUGUGAGGUGGAUUACCAACCUCAUCAACCCUGGUCUCAGGGUUAUUAUUGAGUCGCCAAAGGUCCCUGACACGGCUCAUGUAUUUUAAGUAUUGUAACGACUACUAACUUACAUCAGUAAAGCGCCUAAAGUGAAGCACGGAUCAUCUUACUUUCGGACAAUCAGGUGAUUAACCUGUAAUGUUAUAACCGGGAUUCGAACCCGAAACCUCCGGAUCGUGAGCCCAACGCUCAACCACUGGAUCACAGAGCUGGAGGUCAUUACGGUUGUAUGGUAUAGUUGUAAGACUCGCGACGCCACAAAUAACGUCGACGAACUUCGUGUACUCGUAUCUAUCGGGUCUAAUAGAUGUUUGGUGAAUGAUUUUGUGAUUUUAUAGCCAAAGUCAAAUUCAAAUUCAAAAAUAUCUGUUUAUGACCAAGUCAACCAUAAAUAUUUUUAUACUAUAAUAGUUUUUUGGAUUGUCUAUAUGGUUAGUUAAGAAAAACUCAAUGUUAUAAAAUGGUGUAAGUUUUUUCGUGCCAUAAAAUAAAUAUUGUGAUUCUAUAAAUCCGCCUGUUUUCUAUGUUGCCCUCAUCAAGCUACUGGAAGGACUUUAAGAUAUAUAUAUGUAGGGCACAAUAUCUUUAUUCAGUAGGUAACAUAGUUACACUUUGAAUCGUCAAUUUUUACAUAACGAACGUCUCAUCCGCCUAAAACUACUGCAGCUUCUCACAACCUGUAUAGCCGGGGAAAAGAAGCUGCAAGAAAAACCUCGGCACAGGGCCCUAGACGUUCUUUAAAAAUAAAUAAAAAUAAACAUAAGCCUUCUAUAGGUCAAUAAGAAGACCGCGAUAAUUAUCGCGUCCUAACGUCAUUAUCAUUUUGAAAGCCGGUUUAAAUGUGCCAAUGCGCUGUCACUCGCCUCGUGUUCAGAGUUGUCAAAACAACUUCUUGGCGCGAACGACGACCGAGCGACACUAAGUAGUGCUGUUAAACAACAAUUUCAAAAUAAUAGUCGAUAACGGAACGCAGCGAGAGACUUUCCAGGCUACGUUCACCAAAAACAAUAAAGAUCAGAUUUAACGUGAUAAUUACCUAUUUUCUCAUUGCUCGAGGUACAUAAUUAUACAUUAUAAUAAUUGUUACUUGAUAUAUGGAUCAGAUAGGUAUGUAGCAGAGUACAAACUCUGCACAUACUGGCCUUUUGUUCGGACCAUCAUCAUUUUAAAUUACGAAAUUCUCAUUCCAUUCCAUUCGCAUUUCCUUUCAUUUUACUCACUUUUGACUCACUGCAUCCCUGACCUUCAUAUAAACAACAAGUGUAUUAUACUGUUUAGGGCCGUGCCCUCUGAAACCCUCCUCAGUGCCCUCCUUUUGUGAAAUGUGUAUAUUGUGAACUAUUAUUUUUGUGACUAUGUUACUAAGUUUGUGAAGUGUUUUUAAUAAACUAUACUACUACUGCU